CAGCGUCCGAUACUCCCUGCAUCUCCCUGCAUGUCGUUGGUUUGAAUCCACAAAAAAUGGUUCAACCGGACAAUAACCCACCAGAGCAUGUCCCAGGAGGCCCCGAGGUCCCAAGAGGCCCCGAAGAAAUCCAACAAGACGAUGACCUCCCUCAAUUCCAAGAAGAUGACGCUGAAGAAGUCAUUGUUUUGGAUAGCGCAGAUCCAAACCAGCCAAAUCAUGAUGUCGACGACUUAGAACAACCCUCUGAUGACAUAAAUGUUGAUGGCACAGACGCCGCCGAUGCCGAAGUAGACGGUGAAGAAAUGAAACCACUUUCAGAUGAUGCCAUUUUAGUUUUCCAAGAGCACACCUCCGAGACACUGGCCGUCGCCGCCAGCCCCGUCAACAAGAACAUCGUCAUAACUGGCGGCAUGGAUGACAUCGGCCUCAUCUGGGAUUUGGAACUACAGCAGAGCAUCGCCAAAGUCGACGGAGCGAAAGACUCCGUCUCUACCGUAGCCUUCAGCCACGACGGCAGAUUUGCCGCCUUCGGUUCGGAGAACGGCGCCAUCUCAAUCGUCCUCAUGGACGGAAGCACCGCCAACGGCACCCCGCUGGACGGUCCUGGCGAUACCAUCCAUUUCCUGUCCUGGCAUCCGCGUGGCCCGGUUCUGCUGGCGGGGUCCAGCGAUAGCGUCGCCUACAUGUGGAACGCCGCGAAGGGCUCCUUCAUGAUGGCGUUUGCGGGGCAUGAGGAUGCCGUGUCGUGUGGGACCUUCUCCGCGGACGGAAAGCUCGUUAUUACCGCUUCUUUAGAUACGUCUGUGCGAAUCUGGAACCCGACCACGGGCGCGACUGUCCGCCGUAUUCAGACUGGCAUCGAUGGACUACGAGGCAUAUUUCAUGGCGCGGACAUUUUGUGUCUGGAUGUGGGCGGUUUGGAUACGUCUGCUUCGAACCUCAUUGCAUCUGGAUGCGCAGCCGGAGACGUAUUUGUGACUCACAGGGGGACCGGGCAAAUUGUGCGGCGAUUGUCUCGGCAUGAAGGUGGCGUGGAGUCUGUUGCAUUUUCACCGGAGUUGAGCAAGCCUGUCUUGCUAGCGACUGCCGGAGGAGAUGGUAUCGUCCGCGUGUGGGAUGUCGAGCUUGGGACAGAACGGUGUAAAUUUACGCACGGCGGAGUUAUCGCAAAGGUAGUGUGGCAUCCUACCCUUCCGGUUUUGGUGUCGGCAUCAUCUGAUGGCAGUAUUGUAUUAUGGAACGCAUUAUCUGGGCAACAAAUGCGGAAAUUAGAGGGCCACGAAUCGUUUAUUAGUGACGUUUGCUUCGCCGGUGGAAACAAAUUCAUCUCUUCGACAUCUGGAGACGGAUCGGUGAGGGUGUUUGAUGUUCGCGAGACAUUAGAAACUGCAGUUGUGUAAUAUAGAAAGGAAAACUGAAUUUCGCGCCAGCUCCCAAAGCUUUGCAAGUGCUUCC